AGUGAUUACUAUAAGCCCCCCCCCCCCCCCCCCCCCCCCCCCCCCACACACACACACACAGAGAGAGUUACAAUUGAUAUUGCUAAGUACACUGACUAUAAUGAAGGGAUUUAUACAUACAUUGAAACAAUUCUAUCUUCUGACGUCAAUGUUGACAUCGCUACCAGUACGAUCUAGGUCAAAACAAACUUUAAAACUCUAUUUAAACAGAUAGUGUAUACAGGCUGACGCACCGCACAGGUAUUUAAUCACAGGACUAGACGGAAGGUCGAAAGAACAGGGAGGCCAUGUUGGAUUUUCAGUGAACUCCUCAUGUGACCCGGACAUCAAAAAUGGAUCCGUUCCGCAGAGCCCAGAUUAUCCUAUUGUGUGACCUCUGUAAAACUGCCCACCUACAGAGUCACUGUGAACGUUGUGAUAUAAAUCUAUGCCAGACCUGUGUUGGGAAGCACCUCUCGGAUUCGUCUAUAAGACACAAAGUCGUGCUCUAUAAAUACAGAAAAUCUCUUAACUACUCAACAUGUCCACACCACGCCGACGAACUCUGUAAACAUUACUGUGAGAAAUGUGACAUUCCUGUCUGUUCUACCUGCGUCUCCUCAAGUAAACACAAAGGUCACGAUAUAUCAGAUAUUCUGGAAAAACUCAGCGCUAACACAGAAAGUUUACAGAAAGAUCUGGACGAACUCGAGACCAGAAUUUACCCGCGAUAUGAAGAAAUGGCGUCUGGUGUACAAACUGAGAAAGCCGAGUUAGAAACGAAUUACGGGAAACUGACAACAAUUGCCGAUCAACAAGGAGAACUCCUACACCGGGAGAUUACCGCCAUUGUCAACCAGCAGAAAUCCAACAUUCAGGAGAUGAAAAUCAAACACCUAUCUACCCUGAAUAAAAAUACAGAAGAAAUCACACAGAAAAUGGCGGAACUCAAACAGAUCAUGUCAGACUUGAAAUCAAUCCUAAAAUCAAAUGACGUCUCCUUAACCUCUAGUUACAAAUCUAGGAAUUCUGAAUUUAGAACAUUACCGACUAAAGUCCGAGUCAAAUUACCGAGUUUUACUCCUCAGAAAAUAAACAAAGAUCAGCUCAAUGAAAUGUUUGGUUCUCUGUCGCCAUUAUCCAUUAACACAGAACAUGGCGACACAAUCAAGUCAGCAGAAGCUGUAUCGUCUCCUCCAGUCAAACCACUGCUUGAUGAGCCGCGCUUCACCGCCGCCAUAGACACUAGGUAUACAGAACUAUAUAGUGUUAGCUGUCUGAGUGAAGAUCAAGUCUGGACAUGCGGGACUAACAAAACCAUGAAGCUGUUCAACCUCCAGAGUAAACUACUGACAUCAAUAAAAACCAAGUCAGAGGACGAACCGGGGGACAUAGCAGUGACACGGGACGGAGAUCUUGUUUAUACUGACUAUAGAGAUAAAACUGUUAAUUUAAUUAAGAAUAAACAGAUACAGACCGUGAUCACACUACAGGGGUGGUACCCUCUCUAUGUCUGCAGUACCGCCUCUGAUGAUCUCCUGGUUACCAUGAUCAGUGAUGAUGACAAACAAUACAAAGUCGUGCGUUACUCCGGCUCCACAGAGAAACAGAGCAUUCAGUUUGAUGAUCAGGGUCGUCCUCUCUACUCAUCUGAUACAUUCCCUAAAUACCUCAGUGAGAACAAGAACCUGGAUAUCUGUGUGGCUGACAAUGGAGCUAGAGCAGUAGUGGUGGUCAAUCAGUCAGGAAAACUCCGAUUUAGAUACACUGGUCAUCCCUCUAAUACCGAGCAAUCAUUUAAUCCACGCGGCCUCACUACAGACAGCCAGAGUCACAUCCUGACAGCAGACAUUCACAAACACCGUAUCCACAUCCUAGAUCAGGACGGACAGUUCCUCCGUUACAUUCACUGUCAUUUAGAACGUCCAGUAGGUUUAUGUGUGGACAUCAGAGACAACCUCUUUGUGGCUGAACGGUUCACUGCUAAAGUGAAGAAAAUCCAAUAUCUAUAAACACAGUGUUAAUUACACAACUCUACAGUGUUAAUUACACAUCUAAAAACCCUGUUCAUUACACAUCUAAACACAGUGUUAAUUGCAUCUUUGUGUUGAUUACAUCUGCUUUUUGAUUACAGACCUGUGUUAAUUACAGCCCUGUGUUGAUUACAGCCCCGUGUUAAUUACAGCUCCGUGUUAAUUACAGUCCUGUGUCUGUGAUGUGUAAUUAACAUGUACUUGUGUUUGUGAGUUUAACUGAUAGAACAGUCUCUCACUGCUGUUUAGUAAUUAUAUCUUACAAUAUCUGUAUUAUUAUAUCUAAUCUUAGUAUACUAAUUAAUAAUUAGAUUGUGUUACUAGUUAAUUAUCUAUAUACAAUUAGACACAUGUCAAUCAUGAAAUGUAAAUAAAGGUAAAUCAGUUCUUGUGAUGUACUAAGUCACGUUGUCAGUAUUUUGUGUGUAGCCUUGAAUUAUAGUACAUCUAUACAAGUACACAUAUACUUGUUUGUGUGUGAUAAACUACUAAUUAUUCUGUUUGUUAAUUAUGUAUUUCAAUAUGUGUUUGAUUUUACAAUGUAUAUAUUAGAUAAACAUGAUACAGAG